AUGAAUCCUAAUGACAUCAUCCUGACUAUUGCCUUCUGUUUCCAGAUGUUACUUGGAACACUGGGGAACUCCUUCUUAAUGUGUCUCUUCAUCAUUGUUUUCCUCACUGGACACAGAUUGAGGCCCAUAGAUUCAAUACUCACCCAGCUGGCCUUGGCCAACUCUUUGGUGCUCCUUUGCAAGGGCAUCCCUCAGACAAUGGCAGCUUUGGGUCUGGAGAACUUUCUGAAUGAUGGUGGCUGUAAGACAGUCUUCUACCUUCACAGGGUAGCCCGUGGUCUUUCCCUGAGCAUGACCUGCCUCCUGAGUGGCUUUCAAGCAAUUACCAUCAGUCCUAGAUUCUCCAGAUGGGCAGAGCUUAAAGCCAGAAUCCCAAAGUACAUCACUGUCACCUGUGUCUUGUGCUGGAUCUUCCACCUACUGCUAUAUAGCUUUAUUAUUGAGAAAAUUCUAGGACCAGGGUCUCCUAGAAAUAGCUCAGAGAUAGACAAUUAUGGAUAUUGUUUUACUUCAGCAAAAAUUAACGCUGAAGCACUGUUUGCAUUUAUCUCCCUCCCCGAUGCUGUAAGUAUGUGGUUCAUUGUCUUGGCCAGUGGCUACAUGGUGCUCAUCCUGGACAGGCACCAUAAGCAAGUCCAGCACAUCCACCUGACCAGCCAUUCUUCCAGAGCCUCCCAUGAGAUCAGAGCCACCCAGGCUAUCCUGCUUCAGGGAAGCACUUUUGUCUGCUUUUAUUCACUCAAUUCCAUCUUGGUCGCAUAUAUGUAUUAUAGAAAUCCAAGACCCUGGUUGGUGCAGUGCUCUGUCUUCUUGGCUUCCUCUUUCCCAACUGUUAGCCCAUUUCUGCUGAUCUGCAUGGAUUCUCAAGUGCUAAGAUAUUACUGGGGUCUUUGGGGAAGGAAUGUUGCACCUUUUAGAUUCUCUGUGUGUCUGUCCUGGGCUUAG